UCCAACAUGGUGGCGCCCUGGAGUCGGCAUGUGUGUUUACAGUUGUAACUUCCAAAACUAAAGCGUAUUUUUUCAUGAAACAUUAAUCACAUGUUUAUCUCUGGAAUACUAUCCGACUUUUGUCAAACAAGGAAGCGAAAAUGAAGAUUAAGUCCAAGUCUUCGUAUCACAAAUCAGAGAACACCUACAGGUUUCUCACUUUUGCAGAAAGACUUGCCAAUGUCAACAUCGAUGUCAUUCAUCGAAUCGACAGAACUGGAUCUCUUGCCGAGGAGGUAGAAACCUACUUUUCUGAAGGGCUGACAAAAUGGCGAGACCUCAACUUGACAGAGAAUUUCACAACAUUUUUGAAAGAGGUGUCCAACAAGAGCCAGUCAUUCAACAUGCUGGUUUUCCAUCAGAAUUUUAUAGUGGAGUGUCUGAAAAAGCAUCUGGCUGUCAGUAACAGCCUCGCUUACCAACCACUUCUGGACCUGGUGGUUCAGCUGGCCAGAGACCUGCAGACUGACUUCUAUCCUCACUUUCCUGACUUUUUCGUUCUUAUUACAUCACUGCUGGAAACAAAGGACACAGAGGUCUUGGAGUGGGUGUUCACCUGCCUCUCCUACCUCUACAAGUACCUGUGGAGGCUCAUGGUGAAGGACAUGACCAACAUCUACAGUUUGUACAGCACACUGUUGGAACACAAGAAAGAACAUAUCCGCAGAUUUGCAGCAGAGAGCUUCUCAUUUUUGAUGAGAAAGGUUCCUGAUCUUGAUGCCCUGCUCACUCAUGUAUUCUCAGACCUAGAGGAGCAUCCUGAUAAGGCAGAAGGAGCAGGUCAGCUGCUCUUUGAGAUGUGCAAAGGAGUCAGAAACAUGUUCCACUCCUGUUCUGCAAAUGCAUUUCCUGUGGCUCUACAUAAACUUGGCCCCACAACCUGCCCAGGAGCCCCUCUGCCCUGGGACACUGUCAGGGAUGCUCUGGAUCACAUGGCCCAGGCUGCAGCCAGUCAUGUUGAUAAAGAGCACCUCCUAGUUUUAUGGGAGUCCAUACAGGCUAGUGUAGUGGAGGUCCUUGGUGUCAUGGAGGAAAAGCAAGAGGGGGCCAGCCAGGCUUCACAGCAGCUGGAGAGGCUGCUGUUCAUUCUCCACACCUUGGUGUCCCAUAGAAAUGGAGCCAAGGUCACCAAGCCAGAGGCGGUUUGCCAGACGGUGCUGCGACUGAUUCAGAGCUCAGCUCUGUCUGUGCCAUGUUCCCGCCUGCUCCUUCAGAUCAUCUCUUCUUUGCUCCUCGGGGAGAACAUCAGCCUACCCAAGCCACUCAUCCAAGAGACAAUUCAAAAGGUGUUUGGCAGUACAUUGGACCAGGACCUGAUUAUAGAGUUCACUAAGGAGAUGUUCACCAUGAAACAGUUUGAGCAGUUCUUCCUCCCCAGCCUACUGCGCUUCACUGUUGGUUUGUUCAGUCAUGGAGAUGCUCUGUCUCGCCACUCUGGCCUGGACGUGCUGGUCAGCCUGAUCCUUGCUAAAGCCCCGCCCCCAACAGACGGCUCCAUGGCCUUUGAAACCUACCCACUGCUCUUUACUGCACAGAGCACAGGUGUGAUGAGCAGUGCGACAUCAGAGCAGCCAGCUGUGCCAGAGCUGGUGCUGUCUCUGAUUAGACUCCCUGAGGAGCAGAACCAGGCCAUCGCUGAUCUGUCUCUGCCAUGGUCUGCACUUGUGCUGCUGCCACACAUCAGACCACUGGCUGCGGUUAGUGUUGUUCCUGCUGUGAGUGCACUCUUAAACCACCUCCUCUGUCAGAUUGAGGCAGAGAAACUGGGGAAAGCUGGUCUAUUUGUGGCCAGACAGGCUCUGAGCUGCCUCCUCUGUCUGGACGGCACUGCCCAGCUUCUCUCCCUGGUCACUGUGGACAAGAUCACUUCAAUCCUCAAGAAGUUUCCCACAGACCUGUCUGCUUUGCUGCUCGGAGACCUGUACUACACCCGCUUGUCAGUCAGCGGUGUUUCAGAGCAUCUGUCCCACAGUGCGCUGCUGGAGCUCUACCAUAUGCUGCAUAUCAACCUCUCCUCCAACAUCUCCAAGAUUCGCCUUCUAACUUUAAGGAUCCUCACUCAGUUUGAGGCAGAGCUUCCUUCACAGUCUCAGGGUGAGGAGAACGUGGAUGUCCAGCCGGUGUUUGCAUUUUGCCUGCAGGCAGAGCUGGUGCCAGCUUCAGUACAGGACUACAGAGAAAAACUGCUUCACCUCCGGAAGCUGAGACACGACCUGGUGCAGCGUAACUUGCCACAGGGUCCACACGGCUCCUUCCAGCAGGUACCUUUACGUUACCUCAUUGCAAUGCUGUUUGUCAACUUCAGGCCACUGUGGGAAGCAGUCAUUGAACUGAUUGUGAGCCAUGCCAAGGGGAUGGACAACAAGGACUUCUGGGCGGUCUACCAUGAACAUCUGGAGAUGGUGGCAGGGCUGGCAGAAAAUCAAUUGAAGGAGGAGGAUGAUGAUGAUGAUGAUGAUGAAGAGGAAGAGUCCAGUCAUCAGAGUGAACCGGGCUGUGACGUCAUAGAAAGUGGGGAUGUGGGCGUGCUGUUCCUAGAGCAGUUGAAGUUGACCAGUGAGUCAAACGACAGGACGGACUUCCCUAACUUCCGUAGCCUGCUGUGGCGCGCCAUGGCCCAGUUUCCUGACAGAGUGGAACCACGCAGCCGAGAACUGAGUCCUCUGCUGCUCAGGUUUAUCAGGAAUGAGUUUUAUCCUGCUGACCUACUGGUAGCCCCUACUCAGGACCUUAGGAAGAGGAGUGAUGCUGCUGCCCCAGAGGAUUCUGGGAUGGCUGUGGAGGAAGAGGAGAAAGAGGAGGAUGAGGAGCAGGAUGUGGAGGAAAGAGGUCAGCAGCAGAGGAAGGCCCUUUCAAGGAAAGCUGCUGCAAAACAGCUGAUUGCCCAUUUAAGAGUUUUUGCUAAAUUCACCAACCCUCGUUCUCUCUACCUGGAGAACCAUCUCAGUGAACUCUAUAACCAGUUGCUGUGUCAUCAGGACCAGCAGAUUCAGCGUGUGGCACUGGAAUGUCUUCUCACAUAUAAAGACUCCAACAUUGUCCCGUACAAGGAGAAUCUUGAGAGGCUCCUCGAUGACAAACACUUCAAGGAGGAGAUUGUCCAUUUCAACAUUUCUGAGGAGACCGGAGUGGUUGAAGCUUCACACAGAGCCAGACUGAUCCCGCUGCUUAUGAGGGUCCUGUUCGGGCGUCUCCGCAGUAAAACGGGCAGUAGGUUCCAGGGAAAAGCCUCUUCUUCAACCCGGUCCUCCAUCAUUCUGCGUUUCCUGGCAGGUUGCCAGGCUGAGGAGCUGGGAAUGUUCAUCAACCUGCUGCUGGAGCCCGUCAGCCAUCACAGUCAAGGAUCUUGUCUGGCGUCAGUGGAGAGAGCAGUUGCUGAGACAGACCUGGGUGCCAUCCUGCCGCUGGGCCGUCAACACAGCCUGCUGAACAUCCUCCAUGUGGUGAUUCAGAAACUGGCUCACCUAAUCCACAUCUACCUGCCCAAAGUGCUGCAGAUUUUACUUUGCGUCGCUGCCAGUGUGUCCACCGUCCUGGACAAGAGGGACCAGCUGAAGUCGGGUUGCAUCAGUCCUCUAAAGAACCUCAGGCGACUCAGCAUUUUGAGGAUCCACGACUUUUUUGAUGGCUAUGACUUCUACAGCUUCACCCCAGAUGAACUGGACGCUGUCUUCGAGGCUGUGGUGUGGCCUCAGGUGUGUCGUCUGCCCACAGAGAGCCCCUACUCGCCAACACCUCUGCUUAAACUGAUCUAUGUUUGGUGCAAAAAUGCAAGGUUCUUUCCUCUUCUGGCCAAGCAAAGACCAGACCAUCCAGAGUGUGGCGUCCUCUUGAAUGUCUUUUCCCUCCUCUCUGCCAAGAAUGCUUCCCCAGCGACCAUCGCCAUGGUUAUGGACAUCGCUGAGUCUCUAGCAACAUCUGAAGACUUUGUUGCCUCAGAGUCAGAGACAGAGCUGAGUGUCAACAGCAGUGUGUUCCCACAGCCUGGAGAGGGCGCUGUUAAUACAACAGCUUCAUUAACUCAGGGCUCCAGACUGCUGCUGCCUCACAUCUCCACUCUGCUGAGAUACUUCAGCAGGAUCAUAUGCAACACUGACAGGCUCAAGAAGAAGAAGUACAGAGCACAGGUGGCCAAGGAGCUCAAUAUCCUCUCCAAAGUCAGCCGAUUUGUGAGCGACAAAGAUCAGAGUUCAGUGCUCAUCAGCCUGUUGCUGCCUUACCUCCAGAGAGGCCACAACCCACAGGAGACGGAGAUUGACAUCCUGGCCACCGUACAGAACCUGCUGCGCCAGUGUGAGCAGCCCUCUGCCUUCCUCCGCCCUCUCAGCAAACUCUUCUCCGUCAUUCAUAACAAGCUGCCCAGGCAGGCUCUCACCAGUGUCUUCCAGACCUUGUCAGAUAUGGAGCCCUCCCUCACAUAUAUCACUGACUUAACAGCAAAACUCAAUGCGUUCGACAGUCGGCAUUUGGAUGAGAUUUACUUUGACAUGCGCCUGACGGCUUUCCAAGACGCCACCAGGCAUGUCAAAGACAUGCAGACUCUGGACCUGGAUUACAUCAGCAUCAUCAUACACAACUGUUUCCAUACUUAUGAGAUUGGUGACAUGUCACUGGCAGACAACGCCACCUUGUGUCUGUCUGCAGUGAUCACCCAGCUGGAAGCGGUCGGAGCUGGUGAGCAGCUCUACAAGGACAUCAUUCAACACACCAUCCUGGACGCUGUACACAAGGGGCUCCGCAGCAAGACAGAGAGUGUGCAGCAUGAUUACACCACUGUGCUUGCCUGCCUGGUGAAGACGUUCCCUUGCAAAAAAGAGUUCAGAGACCUGGUGCAGCUCAGAGACUACAAUGAUCCCGAGUCUGACUUCUUUGAGCACAUGAAGCAUAUCCAGAUUCACCGUCGGGGUCGUGCGCUAAGAAAGUUGGCCAAACAGCUGACUGAGGGCACGGUCGUGAUGACUUCUCGCUCCAUGCAGAAUUACAUAAUGCCGUAUGCCAUGACUGCCCUGCUAGAUGAAAAGAUGGUCAAGCAUGAGAAUAUGACAUCAGCUUCUGUAGAGGUGGUUGGCGCAGUGUGUCGCAGGCUGACCUGGUCCAAGUACCUCUAUUACAUGAAAUACUUCAUCCACAUCCUGCAGACUGCACAGACUGAGCAGAAACUGGCUGUCAAUUUGCUGGUCACAGUUCUAGAGGCUUUCCAUUUUGACCACCAGACCCUUAGCAGAGAAAUGGAGGCAGCUAAGGCCAGAGAAGCUGCAAAUGUCACAGUCGACGCAGAUGAAAUGGAUGAAGCUGCAGCUGAUGACUUUAACCCAAGCGAUGAUGAUGAGGAGGAGAAAAUGGACAUUGACAGUAAGACGGCUCCGUCUGAUGUCCCAAUGGAGAUGGACAAUGAUGGUGUCUCAGAGGAAGCGGCCACCACUAAAGCCAAGGGACCAGGGGCUGUUAAAGCUGCUGCAGUGGCCAGUGGACUGCCACAGAGCAAAGAAGAACUGGAGUCUCUGAUCAAAGCCAUCCACCAGACUGUUAAUGACAGCGUGCUGCCUCGCCUGCACAAGUGUCUCACUGCAAAGGUGAAGCGUGACGAGGAGCACAAGGCGACAAAGUCGAAGGACGUGAAGGAGGAGGAGGUGGCGAGGAUACCGAUCGCCUUCGCGAUGGUUAAACUGAUGCAAACUCUUCCUCCACACAUCAUGGAUUCCAACCUGCCCGGAAUCCUGAUUAAGGUGUGUGUGGUGCUGAGGAACCGCUUCCAGGAGAUUCGUGAUGUGGCAAGAGGGACACUGGUGAAGAUCAUUGAGGCACUGGGGUUCAGAUACCUGCAGUACCUGCUCAAAGAGAUGCAGGGUGUCCUAGUGAAGGGCUACCAGGUCCAUGUGCUGACAUUUACAGUGUACCAAUUGCUGUCUGCACUCAGUCCUACACUGAAGAGUGGUGACCUGGACCCAUGCAUGAACAUGCUCAUCAGUAUCUUCAACAAUGAGCUGUUUGGGGCUGUGGCUGAGGAGAAGGAGGUGAAGGGGAUCGUCUCUAAGCUUAUGGAGGCUCGACACAGUAAGAGCAUGGACUCCUAUGAGCUGCUAGCUCAGUUCUGCAGCAGGGAGAGCAUUACCCAACUCAUACUGCCCCUGAAGGAGAUACUGGAGACUACAUCCAGUCUUAAGACGUGUAACCGGGUGGUAGCUGUGCUACGGCGACUGGUCCUGGGUCUGCUGGUCAAUGUAGGCAUGGCCCCUCAGGAUAUCUUACUGCUGUGCCACAGCCUGAUCAGCCAGAGUCUGCCACUGCUCACUAAGAGAGACCGAGACAAAGCGUCUGCAAAGCCUCCUCCUGACCCCAGACUGCCCCCUCCCAGCUGUCUGCUUCUGCCUCCGACCCCAAAAAGAGGAGGACAGAAAGCUCCUGUCAGCAGCCGAACCAAUAUGCACAUCUUGGUGGACAGUGGCCUCAAGCUGCUCCACCUGAGUCUGAAGAAAUCCAAAGUGACAUCAUCCGAUGCCUCGGCUCUGGAGAUGCUAGACCCUUUCAUACAGCUGCUGCUCGACUGCCUCGACUCCAUGCAUGUCAAGGUGACCACAGAGGCUCUGGUGUGCUUCACCUUGUUGCUGAAAUUCCCGCUGCCGGCAGUGAAUCGGAACGUCGACCAGCUGACUAAGAAGCUCUUUGUCCUGUUGAAGGAUUACUCAAAGGCUGGUGCUGCCCGUGGGGAAAAUUACCAUCUGGUCCAGAGCUGCUUCAAGGCUAUCACCACUUUAGUAAAGAAUGUCAAAAGCAGCAACAUCUCUGAGACACAGUUGCAAGUGCUGUUGGGAUACGCUGAGGAGGACAUUUAUGAUCAGUCACGCCAGGCCACUGCCUUUGGUUUGCUUAAGGCGAUUCUGUCCAGGAAGCUUGUAGUUCCAGAGAUGGAGGAGGUGAUGACCAAAGUUUCCAAGCUGUCCGUUACUGGCAGCAAUGGUAUGAUCAGAAUCCACUGUCGACAGAUCUAUCUGAAGUACCUGCUGGAUUAUCCACUGGGGAGGAGGCUGAGAGGCCACCUGGACUUUGUGGUGGCACAGUUACAAUAUGAGCACGACACAGGCAGAGAGUCUGUGCUGGAAAUGCUGGCAUACAUAUUCCAGACUUUUCCCAAGAAACUGCUGUCACAGUACUGCGGUCUGUUCUUCGCCCCACUGGCCUUGGUCGUGGUCAAUGACGACUCGGCACGCUGUAAAAAAAUGGCUGCCUUGUCCAUCAAGGCCCUGCUUACCCAGCUGAACAAAACCCAGCACGACAACUUGUUCACAUUUGUCCACAACUGGUUAAAUUCAGAGAAGGCAACCCUGCGGCGCCUCGGCGCUCAGAUUUGCGGCCUGUUCGUGGAGGUGGAGGAGGAGAAGUUUGCCCGUCGACUGAAAAGCCUGCUGCCUCUGUUGGAGAAGGAGAUCCACCCCGACAACUAUGACGACAUUGAAGAGGAAGAGGAUGAGAAAGGGGCAGACAGGCUGUUGUUCACGUAUCUAACACUCAUUACCAAACUCACCAAGCACUGUGGUCUGCUGGAGGUCAAAAAGCCUCACAACACACUCUCAAACAUCUGGGGUCACAUUGAAGCCCACCUGCGGUAUCCUCACUGCUGGGUGUGGCUGACCGCCUCGCAGCUCUUUGGUCAGUUGUUUGCAGCCCACCAGGCAGAACAGCUGAUCACCAUUUGGAGAGGAGAGGCAGCAAAGGCUCAGUCAGUAGCCACAGCCUUCAUCACCAGCAACCUGGACAAGAAGAUGAGGGAGUUGGCUUUAUCGCUCUGCCGUCAGCUACAGUCAAAGUUCCUGGACACAGCGUCUGGAGAGCAGGUGAUCAAGAACCUGCUGUUUGUCGGCAAGGUGAUCUACCUCAUUUCCCCCGAGUCUGAUGUCGCAUCCCCUCUGGAAGAGGUUAGAGAGGUGGAGGAGCAGAGGGAGAAUGGAGAGGAGGAGGAGGAGGAGGACAAGGGAGAAGAGGGUGACAAGGGAGAGGAGGAAGAAGGUGAUGAAAUUGACAAGGAUGAUCGACCUCCUUCUCUGCUGUGGUUGAUGAAAAAGCUGUCUCUGAUGGCAAAGAGAGAAGCAGCACACACUCCCAAAGUUCCACUAAAGAGAACAUGUGUAUUUAAGUUCCUGGGAGCAAUGGGCAUGGACCUGGGGAAGGAAGGUAGACUCGGCCCCUACCUGACCACAAUCAUCACUCCCCUCUACAGAGAACUGGACAGCACAUACGCAGAGCAAGACCCCACACUGAAGAACCUGGCACAGGAACUGAUAGAGCUGCUGAAGAGACAAGUGGGGCUGGAGAAAUUCUCUCUGGCCUUCUCUGCUGUACAGAAGGAGUUUUCACAGCGGCGAGCAGCACGUAAACGACACAGAGCCAUGCAGGCGGUAGCGAACCCAGACAUCGCUGCCAAGAAGAAACUCAAAAAGCACAGGAACAAAAUUGAAGCCAAGAAGAGGAAGAUCGAGUUCCUUCGCCCCGGUUAUAAAGCCAAGAAGCACCGGAGCCACGCGCUCAAAGACCUGGCCAUGGUGCAGUGAGACGAAAGCUGAAGAGGUGACUCGGUAAAGGUACUGCUUUCAAUUCAGCAGGAAGUCGAGACUCUAACAUCAUGUUGUUACAUAAAGACUUUUUUACGAUUGUAAUAAUGAAUUUGUCAAUUGACAAAGAAACCAUUCUUGGGCCAAGAAAGAGUAUGUUUCUUGUGUGUGAACAGGAUAUCACUGCCUGUGGACUUCAGUUCCAAGCUGACUUUUUUUUUUUUUUUGCUGUUAACAUAUUUGUGCUUAAAUUUAUAUCCCAUACAGGUUGAGAGCAUUUUGUAAUUAAACAAAAUUCAACAUUU